AUGAUUCAGAUCGAUAAUGACCGUAUUAUGACUGAUAGUGGUCAAGUUCGUCGAAUGUGUAAAAUGCCGAAAGUUGCAAGACAGAAAACUACUAAUCGUUCCUUAGCUAGUAAACGUUGGUCGGAUAAAAGUACGUCUAGAGAAUAUGAAAAAUCGUCAUGUGAAACAGAAGAAAAAAUAACAAUCAAACCAGAUGAUGAAAUGGAGCACAUUGACGAAGAAAUCCUUCAAUCGUAA